AUGGGAACCCAAAAGAAGGAAAAACAAAGAAGAGUCCGAGAGGGCGAUACAAGAGAUGGUAAUCUCCGUGUCAAGGGUGAGAAUUUCUAUAAAGAUGCAAAGAAGGUUAGACGUUUGCAAAUGUACAAAACUGGCCGUGCUGUGAGAAACGCAAAGGGAGAAAUUGUCAGAGCUGCUGUAUUGCAAGGCACCGACGCACCAGUUGCUCGUGUUGAUCCCAACAAGAAAUGGUUUGGAAACACUAGAGUGAUCGCUCAGGAUUCCUUGACGCAUUUCAGGGAAGCGAUGGGGGAUAAGAAACACGACACUUACUCUGUCUUGUUGAGAAGGAAUAAAUUACCCAUGUCCCUUUUAGAUGAAAAAGACCAGACGGAGUCACCUACUGCGAAGAUUGUGGAAACUGAGUCUUACGCUCAUGCUUUUGGCCCCAAGCAACAGAGAAAAAAACCAAGAAGUCAAGCGGCCUCGUCUUUAGAAGAAUUAGCUUCCUUGACUGAGACUGACUCCAAAGCUUACGAGGAGAAGCAGGAAUUGGAUGCCACUCUUGGUUUGAUGGGUGGUUCAUUCUUGGAUAAAGAUGAAUUCACUCAAGAAGCGAAGGAAGCCAUUUUUCACAAGGGUCAAUCUAAAAGAAUUUGGAACGAGUUGUACAAGGUUAUUGACUCUUCAGAUGUUGUUAUCCAUGUAUUGGAUGCAAGAAAUCCAUUAGGAACCCGAUGUGAGUCCGUUGAGAAGUACAUUAAAGAGGAAUGUGCUCAUAAGCACUUGAUUUAUGUGUUGAACAAGUGUGAUUUAGUUCCCACUUGGGUUGCGGUAUGUGUUCAUUUUUUUCUUUUCUCCAGUGAAGCUUUUUAUGAUUUUCUUUCUCUUUGA